CAUCGAUAAUCAUUUGAUGCUGAAAACCACUGUCCUUUCAAAUGUCAAAAACAAUAUAUUUGGCGUUUUUCCUCUUCGGCUGCCUCGCUAUCACAGCCGAAGCCAGUGCAAAAUCCAAGAUCCGAAGUUUUGUCGAAAAAGCUAAGCUCCUAGCGGGGUAUGCUGCUUGCAAGAUUUCAUCAAAAAGCAGUCUGACAAAUGAUGAAAAGGAAGCAUAUAAACAGAAUAGGACCGUCCCUUCCUCAGCAAAAGGCAAAUGCUUUCUUAAAUGCCUGUUAGAUAAUGCACAUUUGCUUGAAGACAAUGGUACAUUCAACAAAGAAAAUGGUGAUGCGAAAGCAGAUUAUUAUCUUAGCACUAAUGCAACGCUAUUAAAUACCGCAAAACAGAUUUCUCAACAAUGUCCCAAAAACGUAAAAUACACCCCUACGGGAAAAGAUGACUGUGAAUAUGCGUACAAAUUAACUGUCUGCGCUGACGGUGUUGCCAAGACGAAUUUUGUAUCUCUGUCCGAUUUCAAAAAACAUUUAGAAAAGUGAUGGUAAUGACCCUGAGAGAAAAAAGUGUAGUCAAUUUUGUAGAAUAAAAUAUAUCACACCGA